UCUUGUAUAAAAGGAGAGGCGCGUCACUUCCUUUUUCUCUCUUUCCCUGAAGCCGCCGCCAUGUCGCUCGUAAUCCCCGAGAAGUUCCAGCACAUUCUGCGUGUCCUGAACACCAACAUUGAUGGGCGCAGGAAGAUCGCCUUCGCCAUCACCGCCAUUAAGGGUGUCGGACGUCGCUACGCUCACGUGGUCCUGCGUAAGGCUGACAUUGACCUCUCAAAGCGUGCAGGAGAACUGACUGAGGAUGAGGUUGAGCGCGUGGUGACAAUUAUGCAGAAUCCUCGUCAGUACAAGAUCCCCGACUGGUUCCUGAACAGACAGAAGGACGUCAAGGACGGGAAAUACAGCCAGGUCUUGGCCAACGGCCUUGAUAACAAACUCCGUGAGGAUCUGGAGAGGCUGAAGAAGAUCAAGGCGCACAGAGGCCUGCGUCACUUCUGGGGUCUGCGUGUGAGAGGACAGCACACAAAGACCACCGGCCGCCGUGGACGUACAGUUGGUGUGUCCAAGAAGAAGUAAUCGCCCUGCCUGUGCUGUUAAUAAAGUUCUGUAUAAAACAAAGA